UCCUUAAUAUAAUCAGGAUAAUAUCUUAGGAUAUUUCCAGCAUUGUACUUGAGUGAGGGCUCCUGGACACCUGAUUUCACUCCUUUGCAUUUUGCUGUGUUCAAUAUUUAAGAUUUAAUAAGCAAUCAAAUGGUUCAUGAGGUUUACCCAAAAGUACAUUGAAAGUGGCAGCUUGAUGGCACCAUUAGAAACGACCAACUUCCAUCUGAUUGAAUAUAAGAAUUAGAUUUCCAUGCUAAAUUUUGAAUUCAGCAGUGCAGGACAAAACAGAAGUUUGCUUUAGAUGGCUUUAUGAUCUGUAGAGCAUGCAGCAUCGUCUGCCCUUAGACACAUCAUUGAGAGAAGCCAAACAUGUACCGGAAAAAAUGGAGGUAAUGGUUGCAGAAACGCAGGCGAGGAUGUUUUAAGCAUACCACACAAAUACAUCAAAUUAACCAUGACCAGGCUUUACACUGCGUUCCUCUGUGCAUGCUGUAAACUCUUUCAGAAGCAUAAUUUCACACAAUUUUGUGUAUUGCUGAUGAAUGUGAGAAAUGAUGACAUGUUUGUCUGCCAUGAAUUUGAGUGCAUAAAGUUCAUACCCUGUGAGGCUCACAUUGGCCAUAGUAAUAAGAGAAAACCAUUUGGCAGUUAAGAGCUUGAUUGUAUGACACAGUGCAGGUCAUGAUUUCAUUUUGUGUUUUUCCAAAAGCAAAAUGACUCGAGGGCUUUCAAGCAAAGCUCUGCCUCACAGAAACAGGUAGACAAAUAAACGUGUAAAAAUCGUUUGUAACUCGAACACAUUGUUUUCCUGGGGUUGGCAGAGGCUUUGUCCCCACGAGCUGUUAUUUACGAUGAUCUGACACUAUGAAUGCUCAUGUUGGACUCUUGAUCUCUUUAUUCAUACCACCUUUCAAAGCUCCACUGUUGUGUGAUCCCUCUUUUGGCUGGCUCUGCAUAUGUGCAGCACAGGACCAUUGUAGAGUGUUGCGCGUCAGUCAGAAUGAAUAGGAGCCCACCGCUCUUGCUUUGCGGUGUGCUGACAGCAGGGAAACAAUACAUGAUAGCUUGGUUAGAAGGUUGAGUUUGUAGGAAUUAGGUUGUUGGUGUUGAACCGGAUCACUGGCAUCACGGUGGCAUAAGGGGCCCCGAUGUGGACACCCAUUUUCUGCCUGUCAUUAUUGAUGACACAAAGACGUAUCAAAAAGGGUGAAAUGGGACAGAACAGCAGUCAGUGCGGGUGCAAAGGCGUGAAACAUGAUCAGACCACUCUGUUGAAUAGUGGUAUUAUGGUGCCAAAAAUGUGAGCGAGAGAGAGAGAGAGAUGGGGGCAGAAAGAGAGUGACUGGCAUUGCUUUCAUAUCUUGUCACCUACUCACUCCACAGUGCUGGCACUGUGAAGCAUAGUUUGAUGCAUAGUUUAGAUGUAUGAACAUUUGUUCAUGGCCCACAUGGUUUUGCAAGAAAAACAAAAAGGGUCUUUGCAUGCCAAACCAUAGCAGCCGAAAGCUGCAGGCAAAUCCUGCCCUCUGUCUUAAUUUGUACAACUUUACAAGCAGGGCACUGAGCUAAAUUUUCGAACCUGCAUGAUAUGAAUGAAAAUCACAGAGGGGUUAACAUUUUAGAAUUGUUGUCUAUUUUUUUUUCCCAGUUUAUUCAGAUAACAGAUUAACAUUCUUUUCCACCCCAUCACUUCUCUGCAUGACCCUAGUUUUAGCACCUGUCUUUUCAGCUACAAAUAAGGAAAGCUGUCUCUAAAUCAGUAACACACUGAGAAUGCAGCUGUCUCUGUUUCCUCCUUUUUAUUUCAAAAUUAAAUUGUGGAUUUUUUUUAAAUUUUUAUUUUUUUAGUUUGUUUUUGCCUUUUCCUAAAAACUCAUAUGGUUAGGGAGAAAAUGUGACAUACAUGCUGGCCCACGUUUUAGCCCAGGGUGUUGCAAUGUGGUUUGUACUGGAGUCACCAGGAUGCCCCCCCGUGUAUAUUCCUUUGUCUUUGCCCUCUGAUAAACUUCAGUUGACCUCUCUCACUGCAUGUCUCGAGGGCUUGAGUCUUUGUCAGUGCCCUAAUUUUCUCCUCCUUACCCUUUUUCCCAUCUUCAUUCCUGACUUGCGCUCUUGUUCAGUGUUAAAUGAAGGCAUGGCCACACUUGGAUGUGCUGUGACAAAUUGGCACACAGGAGGCAGAUGGUGAUGGGGAGGAGACUGGUUGUCAUGCCAUUUGCUGUAACGACAUGAAUUGAUCUCCGUGCCACAGAGCAGCCAAACACGCUUCACUUGUGUAAUCCUGACUUUGGUUAGCGCAUACGUGCAUGCACACACACGUAUGCCUACACACACACCCCAACAAACUCUGUUCCACAUGCCACACUACACCAGCCUUCCGUCCCCAUUAGUAUCAAUGAUGUGUGCAGUGGAGGCGCUCGCUAACUGUCAUAGGCUCUUUGCUUGGAUCCGCUCAGAGAGGCAAAGGGAUGCUCAGGGAUUUUGACAGAGAGACAGAGCUCAGACUAAUGGUAGGCCGGUGAGAGUUGGGGAGCCCUAAAAAAGAGCCUACGAUAGGCAUAGCUUUGCCGGUGUACUGUACGUGUCAGCCAGCUGUUCUAUUUACAGAGCUGCUGUCUUAACAAUGUUUGCCCAUGAGGCUUUGGUGCAACUCGUCUAAAAUCCCCAUGGGUGUUUUUUAUUGCAACAUGACUUCUGGUAAAAUUAUAGUUUUCCUGACAGGACUGGCAUUGCUCAUUAGGCCUUCCAAGGGAUAUUAAAUUUGUUCCCCAAUUGGGUUUUCUUUGUAGCUGCAUUAAAAUAUACUCAUCUUAGCUUAAAUUAUGUGUGGAUACACAAGAGACUAUGUGUUACGAAUCGGUGUAAAAUUAAAAAAUGAAGCAAGCUUUACUUUAUAAUGUUGGCACUCUUGACACUUGAGCAAAAAGGUAAAGGGUCAAGGACAGGUUAACAGUUAAACUACUAAAAUUCCUGCUGUAGUAUCUUACAAAUAGUUGUCAGUUUAACACAAAAACAAGCGGGUGCUUUAGAAUGGAGAUGGCGUAGAUACCAUCAGACAGGAAGUCUUAUCUUAGUGUAAGACUGAUGAAAUGCCCAACGAACCAGUGUUUGAUUGGGAAACUGCAGAGAACUGAGAGGUUAAUGGAUUGUGGUCUGUAAAAAUCACAACAAGUACUGAAUUCACGUACACGCCAAAACACUGUAAAGGCCAGCUCAAUGACAGGAUUUCCUGAAGCAGCGGUUCAGAAAAUCAAAUUUACUGAUGAACUUUUCUACCCCUACCUGAUCGAUACAGUCUUCAAUACACGGUAGAGGGUAGGAGUACGAGUCUGUACAAAGUCUUGGCAUGUUGUCAGACUUUGACAAACAUAGCAAUGCCCAACUAGAACUGGAACGUCAAGAUAUUUUCGUCGGACAAGAUAAACCCAGUAAAAACAUGUGAUUGGAUUUUAAGUCUUUACAUCUAUGUUAUGUUCACUCAGCUGACUCUUAUAUGGCUUCAGUAGAGUUACAUGACAAAGCUGCUUAGAAGCAGUAUGAUCAGAUAAUUCUGAUUUGAAACCAUUCUCCAAAACUGCGCACAGGCCAGCAAAUGUCAUCUAUAAUAGGGAACUUAGAAUGGGCAACGGGCUAACAUCUGAUCUCCAGGGAGAAAAACGCCUCUCUCGCUCUUUCCACACGCUGAUCAUAAAAGCUCCUAAUUCUUCUCUGGGUGGAUACCAAACUCUCCCUCGUCGGUUUCUAUUCAUCCUGGAACAACAAGGCAAACCCUCCUCCCAAUCACGCUUAAAUUGUGCACAGUAUGCGCGCAAGGCAGACUUCACUAUGUGGUUAGGCUUACUUGAGCCUUGGCAUGUGUCACAUGGCUUUAUGUAGGCUGUGACAUUUCAAUCGUCGCCAAAAAGCGUAUGUGAGGAUGCAUUCAUGGACACCUGCAUGACCUAACUGAUCAUGAGAAAAGUGGAAAACCACGUCAUGGAAUUCUAGACCGAACUGACCCUCUAUCCCCUAGUUCCCUUGGCGACAGUCUGCCUGAUGUGAGUAAACCUUCUGCUGAUUUGCAGAAAACAUUUUUGAGUAUGUAUUAAUGUCCUUUGGGUGCCUCAAUAAAAACACCCCAGUGCUAGUACAUUAAAAACCACCAUGCAAAUAUCAGUCAGUUGUAAUUAGUCUGAUUUAAAGUUCUUAGCCAUGAUUGCCACUGUUAGAAUAUAAACAUGUGUCUUUCGUAAGGGAAAGCAAUCUGCUAGUCACAUAUGGCUCUAAAUUGAGUUAACCGUUAAAAGUACAGGUUUUCCAAAUGAAAGGGGAUCGUUAAUGGAUCCGAUUUUCUUUUCAUUAAAAGCCUGCAUUCAGUAUGUGGGCGAGAGGAUGGGAUAAUUGCUGGCUUUAGCGCUCCUCACCUGGAACGUGACAGGAUAACUUUCCCACGGUUGUUUAAUAUUCAGUGAACUCGCGAGCCCUAAGCAGGGAAUAUCGAUCAACACAUGUAAUGUAUUCCUUGCAUCCCUAACAGGCAUCUGUAGAGCAAAGAUCUCAAAUGGCAGAGUCUCCUUUCAUGAUUUUCCUCAAGCAGUGAAUUAUUCUUUUUACAGAUCACUAUUUAAUCUGGUAUUCAACAGUGUUUUGAUGAGCUUUAUAACUACAGAGAGAGCCAAAUCGACUUUUCUCUGAAACAUACCUCUCAGACUAAUAUUUGGACUUCAAAGCAACUUUUUGCUGACUUUUAUAUUUAUCAAUGGCUAAUUAACCUCACAUGGGAAAGCAGAAAUAAUGCAAUUUCUCGGGGCUAGCUUAACUAGCCAGCUUAGCAAAAAAAAAAAGAAAAGAAAAGUGCAAACCUCACACAGCAUGCAGUGUUUUAUGAGAUGUCCACACGCUAUUAGACACUCAGAGUUGCUGGACAGGAGCCAGUUUGUCAGUUUGUUACAAGAACGCAUACAAAUGCAUUUGUGCAUCUGUGCUUAAGCACAGCCGGCAAGCUGUGAGGAGGAAAACAACUCUCUGUUUGUGAUAACAGCUCUUUCAAUGUCAGAACAAACAGUCUGCUGGCCUCACUCCCCAUAACUACUCGUGUUCACAUUGGCCAUAUUCACACUGAAACAAAAAGCUUCCAGAAUAUAGAGUGCAAAAACAAACCUGCAGCUAAGUUUAAAUAAAUCAUCUCCCUGUAAUGGGAAAGAAGUAGAAGCGUAACUGCUUCUACAAUGUCAGCAAACAUGGCUGCAGCCCUGCCGUACACCACUCAGGCUUAACAUCUGUGUCAAGAACAAAAUUCAAGUGAUGUGGAUGUGCGCUUUACUUCACUCCCAGUUCUCACAUCUCUAAGUCAUGUUAUCCUUCUGCUCAGGUUGGAAACAUUAAGUGAAUUUGGAUAAUGAAGGUUUUGGAUUGCAUUGAGGUGAAAGUCAGGAAGCCCUCCAAAGUUUGACUCAAGGCUGUUUAUAAUUACAAUUUAAAUGAGCAAAGGGUCAACAGUUUGCUAAUAUUUUUUGUCUUAAACAACAAGUAAAGGUCAUAAAAUAGUGGCUCUUAUUUUAGAGUUGGUCUAGAUUUAAGCAUAAUUUAUGGUAAUGCUCUAUGCUAUUGAAUAAUGUUUACUUUGAGGGCAAAGCCUAAAUUAAUUCAAUUAUAAUAAAGUUCAUAUAUUUGCCCAUUGAAGUUCUGUCACUUUCACCCUUCAGAUAACUCCUGUGCACAUUAAAAUUGAUCUGUUUGGACAGUUGGCUGGAAUCCAAAAGAGCUGCUUGAGAUGGAAUAGGAUCUCUGCUUUUUGGCUUUCGGCUAUUUGCACUUGUUAGCUUGACACUGUCUCGCCAAGUUGAAAUAGUAAUUUGUUUUUUUGGUUCUUUUUUUUUUAAUUUUUUUUAAUUUUUUUUACUUUUUUGUCUUUGUUUGUGCCAAAAUCAGUGCUCUAGGAAAUCCUUCUUGUAACACAUCAAUUUUGGGGUCUAUGGUUAUGUUAUUUGUCACAUAAGCCCUGUUUUAAUUCGGGAAAUCCUUGAAUAUACAGGCUACAGGUUUUAGUUUCUCAUUACAUUUUUUUGUGUCAGGUUUGUCUGCAACAGGGUAUAUAGUGUGUGCAAGCAAAACAAGGGUUCGGGUUGGUGAUUACGGCCUUUAGAGUUUGAGUAGUCUAGCUACGGUCUUUCUCAAAACACAGAGAAUUGUGCUGUGGACAGCAAGUAGAUCAGAAAACCACAGAACUGCAAUAGAUGUAGCAUCUCAGACCUGCCUUCAGCCAACAGACUUGAAGGAGAGACUGAAGCAAGCCUCAAAGCCUGUUUUUAAUGACAGAAUGUGCUCUGUUAUUGAGAAGACUGAUUAAAAGCCUUUUGUGUCACAGUCUGGGCGGCAGUAGCAUAUGGCCGGAGGGCUUAAGCAUAGAAAAAAGAGAUCUGUAGUACCAAAUCCCUGGGACAGAAGCAAGGAAGUAAAGUCAUGGAGAUUAAAGUGAAUCUGCCUCAUUCCUCUGCUGCAGAAAAUCCUCAUUUGUGUAUAGGCUUUUAGCUGUCGAUUGGGGUGCAACACAUAGCACUGCACUGCAAUCAAAAAAUGACUGAACAUGUUAAAUUGGAAUUUAAAGGUAUGCUAGAUGACUUCAGGUUAGAGUUUAAUAAUUUCAGAAUGCCCUUUGGUGAAGCAGGCAUGUUUCUUUCUUGUCAUGUAUACCUUCGAGCCCUGCAGCCUAUGGCCCUCAACUGACCCCUGGUCCAAGUUUAAGCUUUAGGGAAUUUUGUAUUACAACUCUCAGGUUGGCUAAUGGAUCCUUUUAGGGAAAGUAAAUAUGGACCUCUUUUGCAAUUUCUUUAAAGACGUUUUUGUUUGCAAACCUCUGCCUGGCCUCCAUCCAGUGUCCAAAGUUUGGAAAUUCAGUGUAUAAAGAAAAACUCUGUUUUCACAUCGUAGAGAGUGUUUAUAGGUUUGGGUCCAUACUGUGAAUCUAUGUCAAAGACUUAUAAACAAACAUAAAAAGACAAAUGACAACUGUUCUUCCUCAUAUACACAUAAGAGUUCAUCAAGAGUGCUUGCAUUUGUCUCAGGCUUUUGUUUUAUACUUUCAAGUCACUUUCAGGGAAUUGUUGCACUGUUUCAGGGAACGGUUGGACUUUGGAUUGACUUCGCUCUAAUUACAUGCAAAUCAUGAAAAUGCAUUUAUAACACUUGUGUUUGUUAAUAUGUCACAGCUUAAAAAUGUACAAACUUUUAAAUCAAAGGAACUGUAAAAGUUAUGAAGUUAAAAGCACCAACGAUUCAGAAAUAAUGCAGAUAUAUUCCUCUAGUGAUAACCUGCGAACACUUUCACUGUCCCUCUGGAGGUGUGCAGGUUUGCGUUUAAAUUAGCUCAUGCAUAUUUUUGAGAAACUUUAUAGUUAUCUCAGUGAGUUUCUCCUAGACUCGAAAUAGUCUACCUGUCUCUUUAUUUACCUUUAAUUUUUUUUUCAUUUUGACUUGCCUGAAUGUUUGAAUCAGAGUUCAAAUUUUUCUCUGCUUUCAUCUUCCGAGAGUUUACCCCUCUGAGAUCUGAACAGUAUCAUUGCUGUUCUUCUUUUUGAGGCAAGCAAUGAUGUCAGUUACUGAAAGAGGAUCAGAUUUUAUAGCUCUCAUACUGCUUCAUCAGUACCCAGCACAUAUUCUUCAAUUGAAGAACAACAUGGCACUCGCUCCGCAGAGGCUCGUACAUAAUGAAAAAUAUGCAGCAGUUGAGCAUCAAGGUCAUUGUCGAAUAGGAUUUCUCAAGAGGGCUGAAAAGUCAUCUACAGAGUGAGCAAAUAAGGCCAGGUGGCUGAUGAACUCCAGGAAUAGUUUGACAAACCCUAUCGCCAGUGACAAAUUAAAGUGUCAGCGGCCGGCCUGUGUGGCAUCACAUUACCUGUGUUAUUCUGUGAUAAGUCUCAUUGCCGAGCCAGCAGCACAUGGUCGUCUGGAAAACAGCCUGAGACAGCUAUGAAGACAGAGGUACAGUAACAGGAGACCUGGGCAGAUGCUUGUCGCUGAGUAUUGAUUGGACCAGACGUCCAGACGACUUUUAACAGCCACUGACGCAGGCUGUCGAGCUAGAGUGGAAGCUACCUCUUCUCAGCUCCCACGUCAAACUGAAAAGAAACUUGAAUAAAAUGUGCAAUUAUGUAUUGUUACAUAGCAUCAGCUAAUAUGCUAAUGUUUCCUGGGGACAUAUAGCCUAUUUACACAUUCAUAUUCAAAGGUACUGAGCAGCCAUUAUGUUAGUUUGCGACACAGGCAGCUUUUACAAUACAUUUUCAUGUAGUACUAUUGCACAUACUGUAUUUUCUAGAUAAUAGCUAACUGCUAUCAUUAUACCAAAGAAGCUGGAAGAGUUAUUAUCCUAUGGGUACCACUUAAGGUUGUUUGGAAGUAACAUUCACGAUUACUCAUAGGAAAAGUAGUUUAUCAUACACCGUGGUCUUUAAACACAGUUUAAAGUUUAACGAGUCAGCUGUUGUUACACUUGCUGUUGUAAUAAGUUAACACGUAGCCUCAGAUUUUGAGAUGUUUGUGAUUGGACUGAUCCUGUGUCUUCAUUUAUGUUAUAGGAGAAUUGUGAGUAGGGCUGAGAAUGCUCCCAGGGUUGUUAGUGGUGGGAUUGCAUGGAAAAUGUAAGACGGAUGCAAAUGUUGACAUGGUACCUCAAACUACAUUGAUUUGAAUUCUAAUGUCUUGUUCUUUAUCUCUGAAAUGAUAUGGAGAGUCAUCACACCACUUAUCCCUAUGGACCAUGCCAGUGAUUUUCUCUUUAGUCUUCAUAAAACACCAGAAAUGGUGAAUGUAGCGUGCCUACUCUAAAUCUAGUUCAAAAAAAUUAAACGGGGAACAUAGAAAAUAUUUUAAAUCGCAAGCUUCUAUUUCUGCUGUUUCUUUGCUGACUUGCAUUAUGAGACUUUGUAAAAUUACAAGACAUGAAAAUAAAUUUGUAUCACCUUUAAAAUAGUAUUAAGGUGACACAAAAUAUAUUCACCAAACACCAAUUUGUUAUUUAAAUAGAAACCACAGUGGGAAGUGAUAAUUAAGAACAUGAAUUAUGACUAUUGAGACUUCCAAGUCAUACAAUCAGCAUGCCUGUCUGUUGUGUGAGGACACAGGACCUUUGACUAUGGCUAUCAAAAGGUGUCAUACAUCACCUAAAAUGCCUCUACGCAUACAAGAAUUCCUCUCGAAGUACACACUUUCUUUUGCUCUCAUAUACAGACACCUUCAGCCUCAUGUUAGGGCAGCUGCAAGAGUAAUGGCCCAAGGUCUCCUCCUGAACACAGACUAAUGAGAAUCUCAAAUACGACAAGCAGAGUGCAUUUAUCACGCACUCACACUUAAUGACACCACCACCCAGGCUCAACUGCAUGCUCAUGCCAGUAUCUAGCUCCCUUAUAGAUGGCCCCGUUUGUCCCUCUGCUUUUCUAUUAUUGUAGCUGCCUGGUCAAGCCUAGUGGAAGGAUGGAGGGGGCGGGGGCGGGGAGCAGAAUCAGACUCUGUGUUUGCAGGUUGGUUAGGUGAAUCUGCUGUGGGCCAUGUGUUACUGGUGAGGUCUCUUCCUCUGCCAAAAUGAGGCUGAUGGUCGUCUUGCCUCGACCCAUCCUGCCAGCCUUCCUGGCUCUUACCUUUGUCGCCUUCUUAGCUCAGCUGUCCUCAGGAGCCACGCCGUUCCCCCAAGACCUGGAACCAAUCAGCGUCGUGGGCAGAGAAACCUCGUACCUCUACCCCAGCUUCCAGGGACUCAUGUCAGACAAUGACACUGUCCGCCUGGGUCUGGAUUUCCAGCGGAUGCUAAGGAUCAACCACAUGCUCUAUAUCGCUGCACGGGACCAUGUGUUUGCCAUCAAUCUUGCAGCUUCAUCUGAGCAGAUAAUCCCACAGCAGAAGCUGACUUGGAAGACGAAGGAUGUGGAGAAAUGCACUGUGAGAGGGAAAAACAGCGAUGAAUGUUACAACUACAUCAAAGUUCUGGUACCACGCAACGACGAGACGUUAUUCGCCUGCGGCACCAACGCUUUCAAUCCCACCUGCCGUAACUAUAAGAUGUCGACACUGGAGCAGGAAGGGGAGGAGGUGGUGGGACAGGCUCGAUGUCCCUUCGAGUCCCGCCAGUCCAAUGUCGGCCUUUUUGCAGGUGGUGAUUUCUACUCUGCCACCAUGACUGACUUCUUGGCAAGUGACGCAGUUAUUUACAGAAGUUUGGGUGAAAGCAGCCCCGUGCUGCGUACAGUGAAGUAUGACUCCAAAUGGCUGCGAGAGCCCCAUUUCCUCCAUGCCAUUGAGUAUGGGAACUACGUGUACUUCUUCUUCAGCGAGAUCGCAGUGGAGUACACCACUCUUGGCAAGGUGGUUUUCUCAAGGGUUGCACGUGUUUGUAAGAACGACAAUGGGGGCUCCCCGAGGGUGCUGGAACGUUACUGGACAUCAUUUCUUAAAGCUCGGCUGAACUGUUCUGUUCCUGGUGAUUCUUUUUUCUACUUUGAUGUUCUCCAGUCUCUCACCAAUGUACUGCAGAUUAACCACCGGCCGACUGUGCUCGGAGUCUUCACCACACAGGCAAAUAGCAUCACUGGCUCAGCAGUCUGUGCUUUCUACAUGGAUGACAUAGAGAAGGCCUUCAGUGGUAAAUUUAAAGAGCAGAAGAAUAGUGAGUCAGCCUGGACACCUGUUCCAGAGGAGCAAGUCCCAAAACCAAGGCCAGGCUGCUGCGCUGGCGAGGGAUCAGCCGCCGCCUACAAGUCAUCCACCAAUUUCCCUGACGAAACUCUGACUUUCAUCAAGUCUUAUCCGCUCAUGGACGAGUCCGUCCCCUCCGUCAACGACCGACCCUUUUUCACCCGCACCACCAGCAGGUUCAAGUUGACUCAGAUUGCAGUGGAUACAUCUGCAGGGCCAUAUAAGAACUACACGGUAGUCUUCCUCGGGUCAGAUAAUGGCCAUGUGCUGAAGAUCCUGGCCAGCACUGAGGGAGCCAACGCAUCUUUCAGCACCCAGCUCCUGGAGGACCUUGAUGUCUAUAACCCUAACAAAUGCAAUGUGCAGGGGGAGGAUAGGAGGGUCCUGGGGCUUGAGUUGGACCGGGAUCAUCAUGCGUUGUUUGUGGCGUUCUCAAGCUGCGUGAUCCGUGUGCCGCUGAGCCGCUGCUCUGAGUACAGCCACUGCAAGAAAAGCUGUUUGUCCUUACGGGACCCUUACUGCAUCUGGCUCAAGUCGGGCAGCUGUGUCACAGUUUCACCUGGUUUCAGAGGCGGGUUUGAACAGGAUGUGGAGAACGGCUACCAUCAGCACCCCGAUACCUGCCACGAUGUCUUGGCAACCACUCGCAAGCAGAACACAGCACUGGAUUCAGCGUAUGGGAAGACCACACCCACAAGCGCCAGCACAACCUAUCAUGGGGCGGCAUUCCCAAAGGAGGCAGGUGACCCUGAAAGAGGUACAGGUCCUGAUCGCCCUCCCCCUGUUGGGGAACAAGGGUCACCUGACUCGGAGCCAAUCAGUGUGGAGAUGGAGGGUGUGAGGCGACCUCCAGAGCAAGACAAACCCAGUCCUAGUGUCCAUUAUACUCUUCUGAUUGCUUGUGUUUUGGUGGCCUUUGUCCUUGGUGCCUUCCUGUCUGGCUUCCUGGUUUCAUGCUACUGUAAUCACACAAGCCACAAGACCAAGAAGUUGUCGAAAGACCCCGAAGCCCCAAUCCCGCAUGCUCUAUCACUGCGCAGCCUGGCCAAGCUCAAUGGCCUCCUGGACAGCCAAAGUAAGGACGACAAGCUGGAGGUGUCAUCUCCCAAGAUCUACAACUCUUUCUUCGCCAACAGUAAGGAGCAUCACCCAUCGAGGAGAAAUGGUCAUCAUGGAAUGACAAUGGGAGACUUGGUCCAUGCCCAGCAUCACCAACUCCACCAUUCCUCAGAGCUGUCUGGUCUGCCUACACCAGACUCGACCCCAGAGCUGCCAAUUAAGAGCAUGAAAGCAUUCAAGAACCAGUGGGAGAAGAAUCAGAACUGCAACAAUGCCAAGGAACCAAAGUCCCAUAAUAUUGGCUCCAGGCCCAGCUCUGCCCUGCUUCACCAGCAGGUCUUCCCCUACUCCCAUGGACUGUCUAAUAGCCACUCAGCAGCCGGACACCUUCAUCCCGAUGAACGCAAAAUCCACAAUGUUGAGCGUGUGUUGUCUCAGCAGCCUUACGCUGGCUACUCUCAGAAGGUGAUGGAAGUAACCUCACUCGAUGAGCUUCUGAAGCACAUCCACGAGGCUAGCGGCAGCAAGAACUCUCAGCUAAUGAGCCCAUCUGGUCUGAUGGCCAGCGGAGGUGGAGGCCAGCUAGCCUUUGCCAACCGUAUCCAACCUCAGAUACCUGAGACAGAAUCAGCCCCCUACUACAGCUCAUCCACUUUACCACGUGACAGCCUCACCCGUCGCAUGGAUGUUCCCCCAGACAUUCCCAUGCACCACCAGUCUACCUUGGAGAGGAGACAUUCCUCCCAAAGGCAAUCACUGAUUGCUGCAGCCACCAAAAUGCCCAACGGAGGUGGAGUAGUAGGAGGAGGGGGAGGAGGAAUGAUCCCUCGCCAACACAGCUUCAGCCAACGAAAUGGUGGGCCCCACCAGCCACCUCCCCUUUUGGCGCGGAUGAACUCGACGGGCAGCGCGUGUGAGGUUCACUAUCCCCUGCUUCCCAAUGGAUACCUGGCACGUCAGCACAGUUAUAAUGGAGAACAGCAAGAGGUUCCACACAGGGGUGCGAUCGUCCGUCGGGCAGCUUCUCUCAAACCUGACGUCCCUCCCAAGCCCUUGUUCAUACCUGCCACAUCCCCAGUCAAUGAACAGGGAAAGUUCAACUACUGAGGGGUAUGCUCUUGGACUAAGAGAAGGAGCCUCCCCCCCUCCCCUCAUUGUGUCAUCUGUAAGAAACUUUGAAGAAAUGCAGUGAGUUUGGGGUUGCAGACCUUUACCUGAAAACGCAACCAACUGUGUGGCACCAGUGUCACUGUGGACAAAAGCCUCAACCAAACUUGUUUUUUGCCGCUUCUUUUUGUCCAACGAAUAUCUUUGUACCAUAUUGGUAUUGCUUAGCUACUUGCUUAUUAUAGAACCGCUUACUUGGGUGACGUGAUGCCACCUCCUUAUAUUAGGCUGCCAAUGUCCUCAAUGUGGAUUUACAAUGCAACUCCGUUUUUGGACACGUUGAUGUUGGAAAAACUUGACACAUCAGUCAUCUUGAAGACUUAAAAGCUCGAGGCUCGCUUAGAUUCAUGCUUUUGCUUAACCUUUUCUGAUGUAGUGUUGGUAUCCGGUCCCCACCCACCCCACCCUCGAAUGUGUUUAUAUUAUGCAUGUGUGUGUAUAUAUAUGUGUGUUUAUAUUUACACCGUAUAUGUAUACAUAUACAUAUGCAGUAUGUGUAACCUGUGGUUAAAAAAAAAAAAAAAAAAAAAAUCCCCUGAAAGUAGUUAUGUCUUUGCCUUACUAUACUCUCUCAUCUUUGGGCAUAUCAAACGAUCCCCCCGCCCAAGCCCUAAGAAAUAUCUUAGGGGCAUCAAAUGUUCAUCAAAUGUUGUCAUUUGGCUCCAGACACCAAUUCAAAUUUGGUCACAAUGACAAGACAAAGGAAAUACUUCAACAAAGCAGCUACACUCGCCUUCUCUUUUAUUUUUUCCUGUCCCAGCUGAUGUCAGGUGACAACAUUCGGGUCCAUUUAAGUUCUUCAAGAAUGUUUCGACAACAUUGGUGCUCCGCAACUCUAGUGGGUCUAAUAUUCUUUGAAAUGGAAACAACCAACAUGUUUCUCUGAAAUUUUUUGGACCCAAAGAGGACAAGACAAACACGUCUUGCCGUCUGGUGUUAGGAGAAUGAACACUGAACAUCGAACAGACUGCAGUUAUCAUAAUUAUUAACUCUGUGGCUAUUGGUUGUAAAUAAAGGAAUAAUUACUAGCCAAAUUUUAACUGUAUGUGUAAAUGUGUGCCUUAUUUAAUAAUAGUGUGUGACAUGGGCUUAGGGGUCAAUGCAAGGGGCUCAGAUGGCAACUAUGCUACAGUAUAUUGUAGGUGUUUGAUUUUUCUAUGGUUGUCAGUAUGUGUCAUACAGUAUCUAUUGUAUAUGUGAAGAGUUUCAUUCCAGAAUAAGAUAUUUCUCAUCGAUUCUAAUUAACUGAAUUAAUAGUUUGACUGUAACACCCACUAAUAAAUCAUAUUUUAUGUCAUAUAUUGACUAUAAUUUUUUUACAAAGUAGGCUAAUAUUUUGUAAAUUAUCUAAUUUUUUUUUAAUCGACGUAAAAUAACUAGUACCCUUUUUUCAGCAUUGUUUUGGAAUGAAACCCUUCGUUUUUCACUUUUCUUUUGUUUUCAUCCCAAAAGUGUGAGCCUACAGGUUUUUAAUGCGAGUGUGGGACACAGCAAGUACAAAGCCUGAGACUGCAGACAUUCAGGUUUGACUGUAUACUGUCACUUUCACCUGGGUGUCGAUUUCCUUGUAGGUGCCAUUGUUACGUUUUUGUUUUUUGUAGUAUUAUCUUCUUGGGUUUCUAAAGGAGCAGUUCACAGUUCCUCUUAAAGUUAUCACCUACAGAUGAGUAGCCAUUGUAGAAGUUGCAUUUACCUUAUGGGAGGAAAAAGUGUCUUGCUUGAGUUUUGAAUGUCAGGAUAUAUGUUUUAGCAAGUGUGUGAAACCAUACGGUUUCAGUUCUGUAUGAAAAUAAAUCCAGGUUGGUGGCAUGUAGCAUGACUUCUACAAUGGUUACUGCUGUAGAUGUUGACCUAGUGGUGCCACCGGGUGUUGAAUUUCAAAACAUGGACAAGAAAUAUGGAGCAGUGCAAUGAACUCUGAUCCGACAGGCUGAGAUUGUCUCUUGGAUCGAUACUUGGGAAGUGAUUGUGGAACCGGUUCGCAGGUGACCGUGCUGCCAAACACUGCUGAGGAUUUUCACCUCAUUAAAUGGUGAUGCCAGCCGGCUGUGCCUCAGACAUAUCACCCCUUCAAAACUCAACUGUUGUACUUUUCAGGAGAGUCGCUUUGACCACGAGUGGCUGGAACCGUGAUCAAUUCUGUGAAAACAGCACUAUGCUAUUUACUGUAUCUGAAAAUGGUGUUUAUUGAUUGAAAUUUCCCAGAGCUCAUUUGACCCAGUGUAAAGUUUACCAUUCACACUACUCCAGCUUCAGUAAAUUAAGGAAAAGUACCUAACAUUUGUAAGGAGAAAAAAAAGUUGAUUUGGUAAUUAACAGGCAGCAGAGCAUUAAAUAGCCUUUCAGACGGCAAAUAAAAAACAUCCAACUUGAUUUAGGGUUGGGGCGGCAGUGUUUCAUAAGAGGAAUUGUGGCAGCUACAGUGUCUCAAUGGAUUUAUUUUUCUGUUUUGGUCUAAUUUUUUUUUUGUUUUGUUUUUUUUUUUUUUUUUUUGGUAAUUUGUUUGUUUGUUUUUAAUCUGCCGGUAACAGAUUGUACGGAAAUGGGGACGGUCUCGCCUCUUAAAAGUUCUAUCAGUAUUUGAUUUGGUGUAAAUACAUUCUAUCUGGGCGAGGUCUCAUUGAUUCAGUAUUAUGUUUUUCUCCGUUUGAUUUCCAGGCUUUGCCUCUUGACUUACUAUGAAUUUGGUCUCACAGAAUAUCAUUGUAUGUCUCUUAUACUAGGAAUAAAAUGGAAAAUAUGA